UGUAGUAAUUCUCUCAAUGUAAAUAGAAAGCUAUUAUUAGAUUUUACGCAAAAAACCGAUUCAAGAGAGAAAAUCAAAAUAAAAAAAUACGAUAAUCUUCAAAAAUAUUCCAUUUCUAGAGAUAUCUACCUUGUUCUUGAAAUACAUUGCAAAUGUUCUUUCUCCAAACGCAAUAAAAAUUUAUCGUUGCAAUAAAUUGAACGUCGUUUAGUUGGCGGGGAAAAAACUAUGUUCAAACUCAUCAACAAUACCUUAAGUAGAAAUUACGCUUCAGCUUUGGAUUUUUCGAGUUUACUUUAUUUAAAGUGACGUCGGAUUAUUUUCUAUAAAAAUGAUGAAUAGACUAUAUUUCAUGUAUUGCUUUGCUAUUUUGAAUAGUAAACUAGUAUUCUCGAAUGGUAAUCCGUUCAUGGGAUAUAACGUGCAACAAGCCGAAGUUCAUGAAUUCGAUUUCGUCGUUUCGAUUAGUAUCAAAAGAUAUGCAAGUUUGGUGUUAGAAGAAGACUAUCAUAUUUGUGGUGGAGUUCUAAUAACUACUAGAUAUGUUAUAACAUCAGCACAUUGCAAAUGUGAAGGAUCUGGCGAACUUGAGGAUUACACUGUUAAAGUUGGACAUGAUUUACGGAAUUGGGAAGCUAAUUACAGUAUUAUGUCCUGGAAAAAUUUUAAAAGAUGCUGUUGUCCUUUGUACAAACGAGAAAACACAUGCAAUGAUAUAGCUGUACUCAAGCUAGCAAAAGACAUACGUUCGAAAAUAACUAGAAAUAUAGAAUUACCAGCAAUAAACUAUUCACCAAUCGAUCAACUGUAUAACAAAAAUGCUACGUCUGCUGAUUGGGGUAAUGUAAAUUCUAUGUUACAUCCACGAUACAUGCAGAAAGUAACAAUGACAACAAUAAGUAUGCAGGAGUGUCUGAGGAAUAUAAAUCAGGCGCAUAGAAUCGCGGAAUUAAACAAUGAUUUACCGAAAAACUAUGUUCUGGAAAGUAAUAUUCUUUGUAGUAAUGGCAACCGGGUACCCGGAGUGAUACCUUACACUAUACUCGGAGACGGUGACAGUGGUGGUCCUCUUAUCAUCGGAAAAAAUCAGAUAAUCGCUAUUAAUCUAGACUACGAAGCUGAACCUUUUCAUUUCACGUUUCCGAUAUUAUGAUGAGGCAGGUCUAGUCUAUACUUACUCGGUGAUUGGGUGGGAUGUAAUAUAUCGAGUGACGACUUCAUAAAAUUUCAAUCGAACGUAUUACGGGUAAGUUUGUUUGAUUCUUUAAUCUACGUUCUCGCUCUCUUACAUUGCCAAUGUAGUUUUAUAGAGUUUAUUGAAAAGUGAUUUUUGACACUCAGACCGAAAAUUUAUAUUAUCAGAAAAAAUUUAAUUUUACACACUUCUUUAUAGUACAGCUUUAAAAAACUUAAAAUCACCUUUUGUAGAUUAGUCUUUUAUAAUAUUUUACAAACACCUGAGAACUUUCAGAUAAGCUCGCAGCUCUUCUUAUAGUAACAUAAUCAACAUCAUUUUCCACGGCAGAUGAAGUAGACGUGUGAUAUGUAGAGUGUAUCACAAAACUGAUAGAUCGAUCCUACUAUUUCGUAAUCAUUUUUAACCUUCUUAUUGAUUGUAAUUAAACUAAUAAUAUGAAUUGGUUUUAUGAUUUAUAAAAUAAAUUCAUGAAUUUCAUCUCCGAAUUUUUCAGUCUCUUUUAUGUAAUCAAAAAUAGAUGAAACCACAAAGAUUCGGUUUCUCUUUAAAAUGUGUUAACCAUAAUACUAACUAAUACUGGCCUAGCCCCCAAGUUUUUAUUACAUCCGGAACAUUUUUGUUUUCCAGUCCAUCACAGACUUAUGUUACUUAAUUUAACUUUGGAAAGAGUUUGCGCUCAUUGAACAGAACAUAAUGCUAGGUGAGACGGCAGUCUUCAA